ACAAAUGGACUACAAACAUGGCGUUUGUAGUCCAUUUGUGCCGCUAGUUGGACCGUGGAGCUCCUCGACCAGGACUAGUUUCACAAAUUGUCCGGUGCUUCUUCCCUGUGGUCAUGCAGCUGCUGAUUCGCCCUUACCGUCCCUCAGACAAGGACACAGUGCUCACCCUCUUCAGCGUCGGCAUCAGGGAGCACAUCGGCCCAUGUUUUCGCAACGCCAUGACCAGCCCCCUACACCUCGGCGUCACCCUGGCUCUGUGUGUCGCAGGCUACCUGUUCGGCUCCGUGUUGGGGGCCGUGGUGCUGCCGGGAGUCUGGGUGGGCCUCGUGUACUACUGCUGUCAUGAGCUUUACGCCAGCUUUGUCAAGGAGAAACUCCGGACAGACAUGCAGGACAUCCCCAGGAUGUAUCUGAGCAGACCGGAAGACUGUUUCUGGGUGGCGGAGGCUGAGGUUGAUGGGAGGACCCAGGUCUUGGGUACGGUGGCUGUAGUGGCCAAACAAAGUGGUAAAGAAAGAUUCGGGGAACUCUUCAGAAUGAUCAUCUCACCGUCGUGCCGUCGGAUGGGCCUCGGCGUCAGGAUGACUCAGACUGUGGUUGACUUUUGUAAGGGGCGAGGCUACUCCAAGGUGGUGCUGGAUACCAGCUCCACCCAGGCGGCUGCUGUGUCCCUGUACGAGAAGCUGGGGUUCAUUCACGUUGCCUCACACACCGAAACCCAUGCUUCUAAUUGGAUAGUAACGAUGGCCAAGGUGACGAUUUUAAAAAUGGAAAAACACCUGUAGUCUACUAUUGAGUAUAAUCAAUACUUGACUGACGCCCUUUAUAAAACUUAUCUGAAUGUUUUAAGCAUUUUUAAACAGUAGGCCUACUGUUCCUAAAAGUUUGGACCAAGAUUGCUCCGACUGUUGAUUAUUUUAAAUUUUUUACCAUUUUCUACUGCUGUGAUUUUAUUUUACAAAUGACCAAUCACAUUUAACUGUUUUUAUACACAAAAUCAUG